AUGAGGUUCCUCUCCGUUGGCGUCCUUGUCAUCCAUUUCUACAUUUUUCACGCCUGUGAAAAGUACAGCUUUGUCAAAGAACAAGAUGUAGAAUUCAAAGACCACGUGAUAACAACCAUGACCACACCCUAUGUCGAGAUGUGCUGGGAUAAAUGUGUAUGGAUCAUGAAUUGCUUCUCGAUCAAUGUUCGCAUGAACAAUUUUGGGAUGGUUGAAUGUGAACUGAACAACUCCAGCAAGAAAGCGAGUCCAGGGAGCCUGGUACCAACACAGGGAUCCCAGUACCACCAAAUGAAGGAAAUUAAUGACUGUGAUAACGUCGAAUGCAAGAUCAAGGAAAAACUUCCCGAUGAAUGGUAUCGUCUCGGUAACUCGGUAAUAAAGAUGUUUCAUGAGAACAAAACCUGGAUGGACGCACAAACCCACUGCCAGACCAUGGGAGGUGAUCUGUUGUCUAUAGGAACUGCGUACGAAAACAACUUUGUCAAGGAUGUGCUUAUCAAAAAGGAGAAAGGUGAUGACUUACCUGGUAUAGUGAGGUACUGGCCACUGGAUGGAUCGGAUGAUGAUGUCAAGUUGGUGGGGACUCCUGCUACUCCGAGGUACGAAGCCCUGGAUGGAGAAAAUGCACUGUACUUCCCUGGAUUCCGAACGUAUGCAGAAGUCCCGGCAGUGGUGUUCAAUCCCGAGGGAUUCACGUUCAUGUUAUGGGUUAAGCCUGCCAAUCAGAGUGCUCACGCUCUUUGUAUCUAUUCCGAUUGGUAUUCUCCACACACGUUCAUACUGGCUCUCUAUAGAAAUUACAAAUCUAUAUUUUUCUGGUUGCGUGGGGAAGACGGAAACCAAGUUUCGACUUAUUACCUAAACAUUGCUAUGGAUGGCUGGAAUCACAUCGCUGUCACCUGGAACAAAACAGAAAGUCUAGUCAAGGUUGCUCUGAAUGGAACCGUGAAGCAAACGACAACUUCUACACUAAAAGCAGACAUCAGGCGCACUGCUCACAAUAUCUACCACCUUGGUAUCAAGUCAGAUGAAUUGCCUACAAUCAAAAAUGAUUAUACGUUCCAUGGACACAUGAAGCAUCUGAUGGUAUUCAACAAGACACUGAACGUCGAGGAGAUACAAAAAGCGAUGUAUUAUAGAGAAGACGGCCCAUGGAUUGGUCUGUCUGUCCAGAAUAAUACCAACACCUUUAAGUGGAGUGACGGUACCAACACCCAGUUCAUGGAUCAGAUGGAACAGUUACCUUCUUACCAACCAAAUCCUUCUUUGUCUGGUCGGAAAUGUGCCUUAUUUGGAAGGAACGGGAAAUGGUUUGAUAAAUUUUGCAGCGAAAAGAGAUCUUAUAUUUGUAAGAAGCCGUUUGUUUGAUUACCCAUAUCAUAUCUUAAUGGAACUAAGACGUCUAUCCGAAAUAAGACAAGCCCUAAAUGUAGUAGGACCAUCAACAUUUCAGGAUCUCUUUGGAUUUUAUUGAAACACGCGAUGCAUGGUUCUAGACUGUUUCAAUACUGCUUCUUAUUCUUGAGUGGAUUUUACGAAUGCUGGGCUAAAGUUUUCAAUAGUUGCAUUUCCAAGAUUUGUUUUGUCAAAGCCAAACACUUUCUUUUGGCAUAUGAACUGUUUCUUUUCAAUACAAAGUUUCUCACCACACUUGCAUGCCCUGAGCUUCAAGUUUUCCAGUUAAAAACCUCAGAAUGGCUUAUUCGAGAAUGCUGAAGUUUUCGCAUCCAAUGACAUUUAGGUGUACUUCUCAUUAAAUAAAAUAAAAUAAAAAUAACUGAUUAAAUUA